AUGGGUGGUCCUUCGUCCAUCACCGCGGUCGAUACUGUCAACGAGAAGUCUCCUGAAGUGCAAGAAACGUCGACUGGCACGACCCCUCCUGCCAUCGAGAAGAGAGCCAGCAUCGUCUCCGAUGGUGACGAUGCGCUCAAGGUCGCUGGCACAGAUGCUCAUCAUUUUGACGAGAAGUACUAUGCAAGACUGAGACGCAAGAUCGACUGGCACGUGAUGCCGAUUCUUGUUUUUGUGUACUUUACACAGUUCUUGGACAAGAACAUUCUGGGAUAUGCUGCUAUCAUGGACUUCCCCAUUACAGGGAUCCAUUACAAUGAUGUGGCUCAGGCUUUCUACAUGGGCUUCCUCAUCUGGAUGUUUCCCACGCAAUAUAUCGGCCAAAAGUUCCCUCUCGGCAAAUAUCUCGGCACCCAUAUCAUUGCCUGGGGCUGCCUCGUCAUGCUGCACGCCGUCUGCGGCAAUUUCCCUGGCUUCUACGUUUUGCGCUUCUUCCUAGGCAUGCUCGAAGCUUGCGUCAGCCCGACGCUGAUUCUCGUGGUUAGCAUGUGGUACAAGCAGAACGAGCGCGCGACUCGCAUCGGUUGGUUCUACGCCGGUAACCUCUCGACGUCCCUUGUUGGAGGGGGUAUUGCAUACGGUGUCACAUUCUUCGAAGGUGCUAUCGCGCCUUGGAAGCUGCUUUACAUUAUCCUGGGCGGGUUGGCGGUGUUCAAUGGUAUCAUUGUACUCCUCUUCUUGCCAGACUCGCCGAUGCAAGCGCACUUUCUCACUGCCGAGGAGAAGAUUGCAGCUCUAGAGCGAGUGCGUCUUGACCAGGCCGGUGUGCACAACAAGCACAUUAAGCGUUACCAGAUUAUUGAGACAUUCAAGGAUAUCCGGACUUGGAUCAUGUUCCUCAUCAUCAUGUGCACCGGCGUCCCUAACGGCGGCAACAGCGCCUUCAACAACAUCAUCACCAAGUCCUUCGGCUGGACAUCCCGCGAAUCGCUCCUUCUCGGCAUGUCGCGAACAGCAAUCGGCGGCUUCGCCGUCGUAGCAGGCGGCUGGCUCUCCGACCGCCUGAAAGACCGAAUGACGCUCGUCCUCCUUUUCUCCAUCCCAACUCUCAUCGGCAUGAUCAUCAUGACAACCAUGCAGUACUCUGGCCAGCGCGGCGUGCUGCAAUUCGCACAGCUCUUCCAAGACCUCUCUGCCCCUGGCUUUCCCCUCUGUUACGCGUGGAAUGCCUCCAAUGCUGGUGGACACACCAAGAAGAACACAGUCAACGCCUUCACGCUUUUCACGUUCGGGUUGGGUAGUGUGGUCGGCACAUACAUUUUCCUGCCGAAAGACGCGCCGGGGUAUAUUCCUGGCAAAGCGGCGAUUGUGGUUCUGACGGUUGUGCAGAUGGCUUGUUGUGUGAUUAUGGCGUGGAUCAACAUGCGCUGGAACAAGCAGAAGAAGGCGAAGCUGCAGAAGAUGAUCGAGGAGAAGGGGUGGACGGAGGAGGAUGUGCAGAGGGAGAGGGAGAAGGCUGCGUUUGCGGAUUUGACGGACAGGGAGAAUGUUUUCUUCACUUAUACUAGGUAA